AUGGUCGAGUCACUCAACCGCUUUUCGGAUAUGCUCACUGAUAUGAAAAGCGAUGAUCCUGUCGUUCGAUCCCGUGCGGCCGAGCAGCUUACGCUAUUAUCACCGCUAAUGCAACAGCUCGCCCUCGAGAGGAAUAAUGGCGGCGUCCAUUAUGCUGCGAGAGAUUUCAAAUCCCUUGUUAUGACCUGCACAAUUCUGGAGAUCUCACAUAAUUCAAAGGAUCUUUGGAAUCGGCCAGACAUCGACAACUCUCCCUCGGCUACCCUCUCUCCUGAUGCGGACAGUGUCAUUCACCGACUCCAAAUUUCGGAGUACCACACAAUUGACAACUCAGAAGGUUUCCUCUAUCCAGAGGCAGAUGUCAAUUUUCAACGCGGCAAUAAGUAUAUCACUGGCCGCGCUGACUGGCUCUUGUGUCAUGAUGACUCUCGACCCGGCAUUGAUUCGAAGUUCAUUGCCAUAGAAGCUAAACGGACUGCACCGGACUGUCGGGCCAAAGUCUCAAAGAUUCAUGCCGUUGCUUUCGGCAUUACAACAGAUACCAAAAUUAUCACAUGGAUCGACAAAAUGCUCGCCGACGCAAUUGAAGCUUCCCCACUCACAACACCAACUCUGCGACGCAAUGUCUCUCUGCGUAACUGGGAGAAGAAUCUUCGACGGCGCCAGCUUUUGAGUUCUGCGCCAGAGGAUUCACCUUUAACUGAAGGACUUCCGUUUGACAUCAGUGCUCCAGAGUCGAGCCAGCUAAUCGGAGUCGCAUGGUACUACGGACGACAGGUCAUGGUCGUCGAAUAUGAAGAAGAAAAUGAAGAGGAUGAAGAGGAUUUUGCUGUUGAGGAUUGA